AUGACUGGCGAUGAAGCUGCUGGAUUCUUUCGCAAUGAUCCGCAUGCUUUCAAGAUUUACCAUCGUGGCUAUCAAAAGCAGGUGCGUUUGCUUCGAAUUAACUUGUGUUUGAGAUGUCAGUGGUUGAUCCGUUGCGAGAAAAGGGAUAGCUGGUCGUUUGGGCGAUCACGAGACGUUAAAUUCUUCAAAAUAUACGAAAGUUAUGCGCGGUUUUAG